AUGAACUCUCUGAAGAAUAUUGACAAUGCCGAUCAGUACUGUCAGAUGCAUGAAGCUUUGUUGGACAAAGAGGAUGAAAGAGCACAGUGGGAGCAACAAACUAGCACCAUAGAGAAGUCUGGCAAGAUCCAACAACAGAUCCUCGAUGCCUUGCGCGAUGUUCUUGCCACUCGCGCUGCCGACAGGGAGGACGAUCAUCAACGAAAAAUACUCCAUUGUCUGGCUGCUGACUACGCUGGACAGAAGAAUUUCAAUCCGAGACGUGUGCCAGGCACCUGUCGAUGGUUCCUUGAUGACCCCCGUUUCCAUCGAUGGCGCGAUUCGACAGAGUCCAGCUUGCUUUGGCUGUCAACUGGCCCGGGCUGUGGCAAGUCAGUCCUGUCGCGUGCUUUGAUCGAUGAAAUGCUUCUCACUACGCAGUUGAUGACAUCGACAGUGUGCUAUUUCUUUUUCAAAGAUAGCCUCGAGCGGCGACAACGGGGAGAGGACGCGCUAUGUGGUAUCCUUCACCAGCUGUAUUCUCAAAAUUUGGCAUCCGGCUUGAUUAACCACGCCUACCAGCCUUUCAAGUCAUAUGGACGAGGACUACGUUCAAUGUUCUAUCCUCUGUGGAACCUACUCAUGGCAACAGCCGGUGAUUCAUCGUCAGGAGAAGUAAUCUGUCUGUUGGAUGCUUUGGAUGAAUGUCAAGCAGACGCCAGACAGCAAUUGCUCGAUCAGCUCCGUCAGUUCUAUGAUGACACCAGGCAGAGUGGUCCUAAGACACCUCGAAUUAAAUUCCUCAUCACGAGUCGUCCAAACUCCGAUAUUGACGGAAAGUUUCGCCUUCUAGGCCCUGAGGUCAACUUCAUUGUAUUUGCUGGUGACGACCGAUCAGACCUUAUUAGCCAAGAGAUCAAUCUUGUCAUCGACCAGCGCAUGCCAGAAGUGGUUCCGCGGCUCGACUCGGCAUCUCGUUGCGUCCUUGCGGAUCAUUUGAAAGGAAUGCAACAUCGGACAUACCUGUGGCUGCAUUUGGUAAUGGAGGAGAUUCGACUUCGAUUCGCCAGUCAUGCAACAGUAAAACGGAUCGAGACUCUACUACAGCAACUUCCCACAUCUGUCGUUGACGCAUACGAAAAUAUCCUCGGUCGAAGUGUUGAACCGGAAGCUGCUCGUAUUAUUUUGCAGAUCGUUCUGGCGGCCACGCGUCCUCUGACGGUGGACGAGAUGACCGUUGCAGUAGCGAUAGCAAGGACGAAGUAUGUUCGGUCCUAUGAAGAUCUUGAUCUCGAGUCUGACGAUGUUCGAGAAUCUAAUCUUCGGAAUAUGUGCGGAUUCUUCAUCAGCAUCAGUGAUUCCAAGGUAUCUCUCAUUCACCAGACCGCCCGUGACUUUCUCCUCAAAUCGGACACAGAGAAUGGCAGCAACAGUACCUCAUCCGUUUCGAGUAAGAAAUGGCAGGGUUCUGUAGACUUAGUCGUUGCUGAACAUACUGUUGCCCGAGUUUGUAUCGCACUGCUCCUUUUCGAUGUCUAUCAAAAGAGAAUGCCGUGGUCGAAUUUUUAUGGUGACAGCGGCGAGUGGCAUUACCGAUAUCAAAACCUGACUUCUAGUUAUCCACUGCUCAACUAUGCUUCUACAGGAUGGUCAAAACACUAUCGGGCGUCCCAGCACAUGUCAGUGGAUGAAGAGAUUGGGUUGGCCCUAUCAAUCUGUGAUAUUCGUCAGGGCUACUUUCAGACGUGGUUUCCUAUAUAUUGGUACACAGAAAAGUCUGGAAAACGUCCUUCGGUGACUGCUCUGGUCGUUGCAAGUACCUUUGGUUUCACCACGGUAGUGAGAAAAAUCCUCUUUCUUGCAACUCAGGGCGAACGCGAUGUGGAUGCAGCUCGUCGACCCACGAUGUCAGGGGACCUGAUUAACGAAUCAACUGAAUACUACGGUACUGCGCUACAAGUGGCGUCAGGGGAAGGCCACGUCGAGAUAGUAAAGCUACUCCUCGACUCGGGCGCCGACGUGAACGCGCCGGGGAAACGCUACAGCGAUACUGCGCUACAAGCGGCGUCGGCGAAGGGCCACGUCGAGAUAGUAAAGCUACUCCUCGACUCGGGCGCCGACGUGAACGCGCCGGGGAAACGCUACGGAACUGCGCUACAAAUGGCGUCAGCGAAGGGCCACGUCGAGAUAGUAAAGCUACUCCUCGACUCGGGCGCCGACGUGAACGCGCCGGGGGGAUACUACGCAACUGCGCUACAAAUGGCGUCAGCGAAGGGCCACGUCGAGAUAGUAAAGCUACUCCUCGACUCGGGCGCCGACGUGAACGCGCCGGGGGGAUACUACGGAACUGCGCUACAAGUGGCGUCAGGGGAAGGCCACGUCGAGAUAGUAAAGCUACUCCUCGACUCGGGCGCCGACGUGAACGCGCCGGGGAAACGCUACAGCGAUACUACGCUACAAGCGGCGUCGGCGAAGGGCCACGUCGAGAUAGUAAAGCUACUCCUCGACUCGGGCGCCGACGUGAACGCGCCGGGGGGAUACUACGGAACUGCGCUACAAGCGGCGUCGGCGAAGGGCCACGUCGAGACAGUAAAGCUACUCCUCGACUCGGGCGCCGACGUGAACGCGCCGGGGGAACGCUACGGAACUGCGCUACAAAUAGCGUCAGAGGAAGGCCACGUCGAGAUAGUAAAGCUACUCCUCGACUCGGGUGCUCUCAAUACUUAA